UAGAUGGCGCUGAUUACAACAAAAUGACACCGGUCUGUCUUUUCCAAAUUUAUCUGAGGCGAUAAUUCUACGUUCAUCUGUUGAUUAUCCAUUGCGUGUAGAUUUUGUUUGGAGAUUUAUGCAGCAAUUGAUUAUCAUAUUCAUUACUAACGGUUAAGCAGGAACAAAUAAUGAGUGGGGGUGUGUACGGAGGAGAUGAAGUUGGUGCAAUAGUAUUCGAUAUUGGGCUCGCAUACCAAGAGCUGGGUUAUGCAGGAGAAGACAGUCCGAAGAACCGCCCCGCAGAAAGAAAUACCUUUCAUACCGCCACUGGAGCAGCAAUCGGGAAGGGCAUUGAAUGUUCGGGGCCACUUCAUGCGGAUGGCAUGAUUGAUGACUGGGAUAUGUUUGAGGAGGUUAUGGAUCAUCUAUACAAGAAACACAUUAAAUCUGAGUCCAAUAUGCAUCCAGUUAUGAUGUCAGAAGCACCAUGGAAUACAAAGGCAAAACGAGAGAAGUUGACAGAACUGAUGUUUGAGCAUUACAAUGUGCCAGCAUUUUUCCUGUGCAAGAAUGCUGUCCUGACAGCGUUUGCAAAUGGUCGCUCCACUGGACUGGUUCUGGACAGUGGUGCAACACACACAUCUGCAGUGCCAGUUCAUGAUGGAUAUGUUGUCCAGCAAGCUAUCGUGAAGUCGCCACUGGGAGGUGAUUUUCUCACCAUGCAGACGAGGAAGGAUCUAGAGGAAAUGGGCAUUGACCUUUGUCCCAACUAUCUCAUAGCCAGUAAGGAGAUAGCCAAGGAAACCGAGAAGCCAGUCUAUGUGAGAAAGACGAAUGUGCCGGAGGUUACUCGCUCCUUCCACAACUACAUGGUGCAGGAUGUAGUUCAAGAUUUUCAAUCUACAUGUCUGCAAGUUUCUGACCAACCAUAUGAGGAAAGUGAGGCUGAAUCUAUGCCAGCGUCGCACUACGAAUAUCCAACCGGCUACAAUCAAGAUUUCGGCGAGGAGAUGUUUUUGAUGGCUGAGGCGUUGUUCGAUCCAACACGCAUCAAGGGUGCGACCGGGAGCACCAUGAUGGGGAGUAGUCACGUCGUAACCACCAGCAUCGGAAUGUGUGACCAGGACAUCAGAAUGAGUUUGUACGGCAGUGUCAUAGUGACGGGAGGCAACUCUUUGCUGAAUGGCUUCACAGAGAGACUCAAUCGAGAUCUCACCAGCAAGACACUUCCGAGCAUGCGAGUGAAGCUGAUCUAUCCGAACGGUGCAGCAGAGAGAAGAUUCAGCUCAUGGAUCGGCGGCUCUAUCUUGGCGUCAUUGGGUUCAUUUCAGCAGAUGUGGAUUUCGCAGCAAGAGUACGAGGAAGGUGGGAAGGGCUGUGUCGAUAGGAAGUGCCCAUGAGGAGCGUAUAAUAUAUCACCGAUAAUCGUAAUACGAUGUAUCCGACUCAUCGUUGUUCCAGUUGGCUUUAUCUUGUCUCGAGCCCAUCGUUGUCACAGUUGGUUUCAUCUUGUCAUGAGCGAAAGAACUUCCGUAGAUGCUGGCCGGUAUAAAUAAGGCCAGGAGCGAAUAAAAACAAAUGCACAAAAUCAACAAAUUUUAUUUACUCCCGAUAAGCUUUUGCUUUUGCUCUCAGAGCCAUCUGGUGGGUAAUUUCUUUGCUAGCACUCUCGUCGGCGGUGGCACGUAGGUGAGCAGUGUAAUACUUCAGUAGCUAGAUGUUUGGUGUCGCUUUACUGCGGAUGGAAUUUCUUAUCUACGGCUAAUAUAAGAGAAUGUAAAAAAAAAAUGUGAAAAAGUGGAGUUUAUAAAGAAAUCAUUACCGGUCUGUCUAUUGAAUUGUUUCAUAAAUAUUGUGAAUGUAAGCCUUGAUGUAAUCUAUUGUCUAUUUAGUAUCAUUGUGAAAUGUAAUGUCCAAUAAAACGUAGUGUGUUUUUCUAAA